AGAUGAUUAGCAACAAUUCUUUUUUAUUAAUGAAAUGUUUUCUUGUAACACCUUCAUAUUUCAUUCAGUGAGGUUAUUGCUUCCAGAAAAUGAAUAUCUUUCUAAUUAGAUCAUCAGUAAGCUAGUACAGAGUACAGAUAAAAUUCUUGGCUGUUUAUUGGACCCACUUCAGAAAUUCCUUGAUAAAAUGUAUCAAACAGCGUAGUUGUAAUGUCUGAUAUUGAGUAUAUUUGAGAGUAUUGCCUUAAUUUUGAAAUUAAACCUUACCUGUCUUUGUUGUAAAAUCAACUGAAAAUUCACAGAUUCAUCAUUGUUAAAAUAUAAGGGUAAUUUUUGAGUUUUCACAAUAACCUACAAGCUCAAGAUAGAAUUCUCGAUAAAAGUGAAAAUGAGUUCAAAUUUACAACCAAACAAUAGGUUCAGAUCUUAUAUGCCAAAUAAUAACCAGGGUAAUUUUCAUCAAGCACUCAGUGGAAGUGAAACUGAUGUAUCUACAUCAAAUGAAAAUCUUUCCAAUGAAGAAAAAUAUGUUAUUAGACAUACAGCAAGGCAAGAGCCACAAGGACAAGAAAAUUUGCAGGACUCAAAUAGAAGUUCAUUAAGAGAUAGUCUUCCUUCUAAUAGAAGUUCUUUAGAUGUUUCAUCUUCUUCCUAUAAUACUUUAAUUAUACACAGUGCCGGUGAUGAACCUUGGACUGGGCGAAACUCAGGAACUAUGGAUAUUAACCUAAAUUAUCAUCAGUCUUCUAGUUUAUACAGUGAACCAAAAUUAUCUCCAGUUCAAAAAAGGGGAUCUGCUUCCCCAUCCCCAUCAUUGGUCAAUAAUGGAAAUUCUGUGAGAAAUAGUCUUGAAGCUAGUUCUAUCCAUACGUUUGAGUCUGGUAUGCAAGGUAUCACCGAUCUUCCUGAUGAUUAUCUUGGACAGUCAUCUUUAUUGAAACAAUUAGCCAAAGAAGUUAAAGUUCCAUCCACAUCAAUACCUAAACCAGAAAGCAUAGAUAUCUUGCAACUGCAAAUGGGCACAAUAGAUCUCAAUAACUUACCAGCUCCACCAGAUUAUCCAAAAUGGUCACAACAAUCUCCAAUACAAGCUGCUGUAAAUAAAGCUAAUAAUAAGCUGAAUGAAAAAGCAACUCUUUCCAAAUCCCAACCUGACUUAUCAGCUAUCAAUGAAAAUUGUGAUAUAGCUGGAUUUCGAAGAGGAACUUCAGCUCCUAGACCUCCCACCAAAGGAAGAGAAGACCAUGAGGCUACUGGUGAACAAAUUUGCCCUUCUGCAGAAAUGGUAGAUUUACUCAGCAAAGAAAAUAGUGCCUUGAAAUUAGAAUUAAACAAAUAUUGGCAGAGAAUUGCCAAAACAGAAAAAUUGGAGCAAGAGGUUUUGAAGAUUCACAGAGCUCAAGAAGAGUUAGUGCAAUCUUGUGAGAGACGUGAAAUACUUGAAAGGGCAGCUCGAACCAAAUUACAGACUGAUGCAAGAAGAUUACAAGAAAUCAACAGAGCUCUAAGAGAGCAAGUUGAUUUGUUGUCUAGUCAGAUGUUGUCGAGAGCAUCAAAUCUUGAUGUGAAUGGUCCCGAAAGUUUGAGGAGAGAAUUGAGCAAGCGGGAAGUUCUUAUUGCACAAUUAAUAACACAAAAUAAAGAGUUGGUUGCUGCUAAGGAAAGACAAGAAAUAGAACUAGCAGCCCAAAGAGCCACACUUCAAGAACAGAGGACACACAUUGCCAUAUUAGACACUGCUUUGACUAAUGCACAGGGGAAUGUAGUUAGACUUGAAGAAGAGAACCGUAAGAAACAGGUUUAUGUUGAAAGGGUCGCUCAACUUCAGAGAGCUCUCUCAUCCUUGCAAUCAGCAAGUGAUAGAAGAGAACAAACUGAGCGAAAACUUAGGCUUCAACUCGAGAAGGAACUCCAAAGAGCUAAGGCGGGACAAUCAGGUGAAGAAACAAAGUCUGGUUGGGAUUCUCCAAAUAAUCCAGAGAAUGAAUCUAUUUCUGAACUAAAGAGAAGGCUGAGGGAAAAAGAUGAAAAAAUAAUGCGACUUGAGGGUGACUGUUCCAAAUGGGAACAGAGAUAUCUUGAAGAAAGCGCUUUGAGACAGGCAGCUAUUGAUGCCGCUAGUAUUCCAAAGGAUGCUAAGAUAGCUGCCUUGGAAAAAACAAGUCAGGAGACAGAAAAGAUUAUUGCAGAAGCUAGAAAUGAAAAAAUCCGUCAUAUGGAUGAAGUACACGCUGCUCAGAAAAAAGUUGCUGACCUUGAGUCAAGGUUGAAGAACCUUGAGUCUAAACUAGCAGAAAAAGAUGCAAUGAUUCGGGUGCUUCAAAAGCAUACAUAUGAUAAAGAUGUAUCUAGUAUGUUGGGCAGAUCUCCCCAUCACACACCUCAUGGAAGCUUGGCCGGGGCAGAUAUCGACCAUGUAUUGGGUUCAACAGUAUCAAGAGAAGAGCUUGUGAGUAGUGUACUUACUAGCACCACUGGAUUUGGUUCUGGAAAUUCUUAUGCCAGCAGCGAUUCCUCGUACCAUAUGCCAUCCUAUAAAUUCGAAACAAACAAAAGUUUUGACCAAACAAAACAAUCUCUAGACAAUCAACUGAAAGAGAUAGAUAGCCAGUUGGAUUCCCAACUUUUGAGUAAGCGGGGUCUUUGCUGUUUUCCAGGAUUCACUAAUCCAGUCUCUGCGCAGAGAAAAGGAAAAAUACCCAAACCACUACUGGCAGGUAUAGGUUCAAAAAAUGGCACCCUGUAUGAAUCAGAAUCGUUCCUUCUAACACCAUCCAGACACGAGUCCGGCGAAAUGCUUCUGUUAGAGAAACAGGGCCGGACCAGCCAACAGCAACGGAUGCAGGACGGGGUAGAUAACAAUUCAGCAGCGUCCAAAAGUCCAUCGCCUGCACCGCAUUGUCCAGCGCCAAGUUCACUGCCAAGGCCGCCUAGGACAUCUCAGAGAAGUGGGCUUCCCAGAAGAUUGGGAGAUUAUAACAGAUUGCCCGAUAGCGAGAUGCAGCGGAAAAAAUCAGACGGCGGAGACUCGCUAAGUUCAAACACUAGCAGUCUUCGGCACUCACCUGCCAGAUCUUUGAUACCGCCUCCUAGGAAGUUGGGUGAGUAUGGCAGAUUGGUAGACAGCGGUGGCUCAAGCGGUUCCCUAAGGAAACCAGCUGUGAGGGUCAGAAGCGGCAGUUCCGGUAGAGAAAGAGAUUCUACUUCCACAAUGAGUGACAAUUCCGCUUCUUCUUUGCCGCCACCUUCUAAAAUUGGUAUGUAUGGCGCUCCUCAACUUAGGAGAGGAUCUUCUCUUGGACGAGAAAGCAAGACUUCGUCAACGAAUUCUACGAACAGUAAAUACCGCAUACAAUUCUAGAUAUUGCAGAAUACCAAAAUAGACAGAUUUUAUAGAAUUUUAGUCAAAACUUACAUUUCUAUAUAAAUUGAUACAUAUGAAAUUUAGUUAACAUAUGUUUCUUUCAAAAAUAUCUUUCCUUAUUUUUACUCUAUGAAUGGAUUUAUUUCAGUUCAAAAUGCAUAAGGUAGGCCUUAAUCAGUAAAAUCAAAAUAAUUGGGUGGUCAAUUUUAUUGUUAUAAAGACCUGUAGAAGCAAUGGAAUUAUUGUAAGAAAAAUUCGAUUUUUAUUGGUUGUCAAAUAUGCAAACAAACGAUUCUACAAGUAAUUGUUUGAAAUAUGUAGAAAUGAAAAUAUUUACUGAUGAAGAAGGAGAUAUAGACAUUAAAAGCUUUAAAUACAGGAAAAAUACUGCCAAAUUAUUUUAAGAGAAUUUGAAAACGUUUCAUAAUAAAGAAUAAUAAUAAUUGCUGAAUGCUCAAAAAUAAUCUCAAUUUGAGAAGAUAUUUAUAUUUUAAAUCCGAAACUGAAUAUUCUUAACUUUCAAUUUGCUUUAAAACUUUUCAUUAACAUGUGUACUAUGGUUAUAUAAUAAUUUCUUUAUUAUGAAAUGAAAUGCUCAGAUUAUCUCGAUUAUGAUAGUGGAUUAUAUUUGUUAUAAAACUUGAGUUAUUCAAUAAAAUCGAUGAAUUAUAAAGAUUCACCAUUUUUGAUACUUGAAUGACAAUUUGAUAAUUGGAGUGCCUUUUUUAUAUUGUGAACUUCUGCAUAUGAGACGUUCAAUGUUUCAAACACUGAAAGAAUUGCCUAAAUAAAUUUAAUAUAUUGAA